CGCUCUCUUUGAAAUCUCCACUUUGUUCCUAGGAAUAAUUCCCUUUUUCCAUGGCUUCCUUUACGGUUCCGAUCAUUUUUUCUGUCUCUUCCCCUUCUUCUUUGGUUUCUGAUCGGAGAACAUCCGUUAGAUUACUGGAAUUUCGAGGUCUCAAGCUUAAACAGAGGUCGGCAUCUUUGACUCAGCCAUCCAGAUCGGUGAUUCAGGAUCCGCGUCGUCGAGUUGGACGUGUUGUUUGUGAGGCUCAGAACACCGCUGUUGACGUGCAGGCAAUUAAAGAUGAAAAUUGGCAGUCACUUGUUCUUGAUUGUGAAUUGCCUGUUCUGGUUGAAUUUUGGGCACCAUGGUGCGGACCAUGUCGUAUGAUCCACCCCGUAAUCGACGAACUGUCAAAGCAAUAUGCUGGGAAGCUCAAAUGUUACAAAGUUAACACUGAUGAAAGUGCCGACAUCGCAACUCGGUAUGGAAUCCGAAGCAUUCCGACUGUAAUGGUUUUCAAAAAUGGGGAGAAGAAAGAUGCGGUGAUCGGUGCCGUUCCAAAAUCAACACUUACAACUUGCAUCGAGAAAUUCUUAUGACAUCCAGUGGCUUAUGUUAUGAUACAGAGUCUGAAAUAAACUCUUGUAUGUUCCUGUAUAGUUCAUCAGAGAUGGUGUAUUUUGCCUGCCUUAAUCAAUGUUAAUUAUUUGCAUGCUGCUUGUCUGAAAACCUUACCAUUCAUAUAAAUGUUUAACGUAUUUUAUAUUUAUUUAAA